UGAUCUACUCUAUUGCUUGCUCCUUGUAUCUCUAUGGUCGCGGAUGAUCAAAGCUCUAUUCUCAGAGCGCAGGCUCGCGUCAAUGCUGAUGGGUCGCCAAAGCUCACUGGAUGGGCAGAACUCGUCGACUUGGUCCGAGCCAAUGACUUGGCAGCGUUGACACGCACGCCAGCUCAGCUGGAAGAGUACUUUAGCUGGAAGCAACAAGUGCUAGAGACGUAUCCAGGUGUAGAAGCAUUUAUUCUACAAGAAAGACUGCACUGGGAGCGCAUUGAUGGCGUGGCUUCAACAGAUGCACACACCUGCACGACCCUGCAAGACGGAAGGCUCGUCUCUUCGCAGGGAUUCCAAGUGGCUGCACCUAACCUGUUCCAAGAUCAACGUGAUUGGAAGUGCCUCAAGAAUGACUUCCCUUAUGGCUUUGAGGAUGAUAUCACCCACCUCGUAGUCUGGUUGAAGCAUGCUCUGCCUCAAGACGCUGACGGUGUACUUGAGCCCGACACACAAGUGCAGGUCGAGUCCUUCAUUUACACGCACCUGUGUAAGAAUCUACCACGCGAACGCAUCGUCUUCUUUUUCAAUCCGCCCAGUCUCAAGAGCAUUGGGGCUCUUGAACACUUUCACGUCUGCUUGCAGGGUGUCGACUACCGUGAGUACGUCACGAGCCAUUCAUAGAGCAGAGUUCAAUCAUCCGUGCCGAGCAGUGUGUCUAGUAAUUGUCCAACUUUGU